AUGCGGGCGCUUACGCCUUUGGCGGUGUUGAUGACUUCGCUGUUUGUUGUUCUAGCUCAAGCCCACGUCACGUCAGGCAGGGAACGCUACGGAGUCAUCGGCCAUGGCAUCGCCAUGUAUAAUCCGACCUGCGCCUUCGCGUGCAUCGACACAGUCCGGGGCUGGCAGCUCCACUGCCCCGACCAUCACGACCAUGGCGGCAUGGACUCGCACCACAUGCCCUCGGCAACGCCCGAGUGCAGAGCCACCAGCGACAACUAUCUCCAGACCUUGGCCUGGUGUUUCCACACGCAUUGUCCCGGCGUGAAGAACUCGACACUCGAGACUGUCUGGGAGAUGGACAUUGUCGCCCGCCAAAAAGUUCAGCCCAUGCCGGCCUAUUCUUACCAGGUGGCCCUCUCCCGCGUAGCAGAAGCGCCGCCUACCUCGGUUCUCGAUGCGGACGCCACGCUGAACACGACAUCCCUGGUUGAUGAGCACAGCUGGCUGGCAAACUUCAACGGUUUGGAAGUCUUUGAGAAGAUGGAGGCGAGGGCCGAAACGUACGGAAUCGUCCUCAUCACCACAUGCCUCGCCAUCCCUAUCGUGUUCUCCUGGUUCAGAUUCUUCCCCCUCAAUCAAAGCUUCGUGUCGACCAUCUACGCCUCCCUGAUUGACCCUCCCUUAUUCGGGCGCUACCACUCGGUCCCCGUCCUCGGGCUUGGCUUCGUGCCCGCCCGCGGUCAGGGGCUCUUCAUCGCCUACAUCUGGGUUAUCAACAUCCUCCUCAGCGCCGUGGGAUACGAAGUGCGAGAUCCGCACUCCUGGUACGGCACCAUGGAGCAGCAGGUCAUCGCACAAAUCGGCAACCGCACCGGUGUCCUGUCUUUCGUCAACCUCGCCAUCGCCGUCCUCUUUGCCGGCCGCAACAAUGUCCUGCUUGUGGUCACCAAUUGGUCCCAUUCGACCUUCCUCCUCGUCCACCGCUGGAUCUCGGUCAUCUGCAUGCUGCAGGCCUGCGUCCACUCGAUCCUGUACCUGCGCUUCUACCUCGAGCCCCUGUCGGGCCCGGGUGCUUUUGAGGAAGAGAGCAAACUGGAUUAUUGGAUUUGGGGCGUUGUCGCCACGCUCGCCUUGGUUCUCCUGAUGCCGUUGUCGAUCCUCCCAGUGCGCAAGAAGAUGUACGAGCUGUUCCUGGCCUCCCAUGUUAUGCUCGCUGUCUUAUCCAUGAUCGGCUGCAUGCUCCACAUCUACUACCGCUACGAGUGGCAGUGGGGGUACCAGACCUGGGUUUGGAUUGCCUUCGCUUUCUGGCUCUUUGACCGUUUCUUGGCUAGACCCCUGCGGCUGGCGCGGAACGGAGUCAAGCAGGCGUUUGUCACGGUCAUCGACGAUGACUACUUGCGGGUUAACGUGCCUGGCGUCGAAGGGAACGGCCACGCAUAUCUGCACUUCCCCACUUUGACAUGGCGAUUCUGGGAGAACCACCCUUUUUCCGUGGCAGCCAACUCCUACGGCCCCCAUAUGUCUGCCAUCGAGCCCCACCCGUCACGCCCCUCACUCAAGUACCCCAACCUGGUUUGCAUCGCAGGGGGCGUCGGCAUCACCGGUGUGCUGCCUUUCCUGACGUCUCGGUCUAGCUGGGGCAGGCAGAAGUUGUUUUGGAGCGUCAGGACGGAGCCGCUCGCGGCGGCGGUGCGCGGCGUCGUUGGCAGUGUUAUUCGGCAUCAAGCGAGUGACGAAUUGGGAGUGGUGAGGGAAACUUGGGCCAGCACGGACGUGACUAUCUCGGUUGGCAAGCGCUUCGAUAUUGAUGCUGUGCUGGCCGAGGAGGUCAGGAGUGCUGUGGGGGGUACAACGGUUGCCGUCUGCGGUCCUGCCGGCAUGGCGGAUGAGGUUAGGGUUGCGGUGGCACGGCUGGGGAGGCGUGGCGUUGUUGUGAGGUUGGUUGAGGAGAGCUUCUCCUGGUAG